AUGGCUUCAGCAACUGCAACAAAGACCAAGUCGGCCUCCAAGGCCGGCACCAACCCCACCCCAAAGCAGAAGAGUCAGAUGCACCGCCGCUCAAGAACAGGUUGCUACACCUGCAGACUGAGGCGGAAGAAGUGUGAUGAGGGCUCUCCCAUGUGCACCGCUUGCAAGCACCUCGGCCUCGUGUGCGAGUAUAAGCGACCAAUGUGGUGGAGCAACAACGAUGCGCGGAGAAAGCACAAGGACGACAUCAAGAUGAUCAUCAAGCGCAAGAAGCUGUCGGAGAAGUCGUCGCAUUCGAUCCAAACAUCGGUCAACUCUCCCCCGGGCCUUUCGCAUUCGCUGCCAACUUCGGCAACAUUCUCGGACCCGCUUGACCGCACGCGAUCGGCCUCAAUCGACUCGCACUUCGCCUUCAGCUUCAAUAGCCCCCAGAGCGCACACGAGUUCACACCUUUCACAACGCCGCAGAUGCCUACUGACUUCAUGUUCUCUCCCUUCUCGCCUUAUGAGAUUGAUGUCAAGACUGAGAGGCAGAUGUUUGUCAACGACAUUCCAACCCUGAGAGAGUCGACCACUUCGACCUUCAGCACUUUCCACACCCCUCCGCCUCCGGGAACUAUCCUUCCGUCGUUCCCUCUGGAAGGUGAAUGGACAGAACAGGUGUACUCGGAGCGGAGGGAGUCGCUGACGGAGGAGACUCUCAACGUGAACUUCUUCGACUUCUCUCACGGCCCGACAAUGAGCCAGAGGCAAGUGGCAAUCGAACUCGACGAUGGUGACCAGCGACUCCUCGAUCACUUCAUUCAAUUCGUGCUCCCGACGAUCUUCCCGAUUCUCGAAUCGAACCAGCACGGAUCAGUCAGCUCGGAUCUCAUCCUCCCAGCUCUGCAGAACAACAAGGGUUACCUGCACUGCUGCCUGAGCAUCGCUGCCCAGCACAUCAAGUCUGCCAUGGGCCUCCAGGGCGAGGAGAUUGACAGCGACAUCAUGCGCCAUCGGUAUGCGACGAUCUCAUCGCUUUGCGAUGCGCUCAACCGGGACGAGAACCACCAGCAGAUUCUCGAGGCCGCGCUUGGCUUGAUCUUCUUCCAGAGCUGCGUAGGCCGCUUUGACGACUCGCUUCCCGACAUCCCGUGGCACCAGCACUUCCAAGCAGCCAUCUCGCUUGUUCAGAAGCUGGAUCUUCCCCGAAUUGUCUCGGACCCCAAUGAGCCGCUGGCUCAGGCGCCCUUCAACAUGACUCUCACCGCAUGGAUCGACAUCCUCGGAGCGACAAUGCAAGGCCGGGCGCCGACUUUUGCGCACACCUACCGCGAGAAGCAUCUUUCGCCGACCAACCCAUCGCUUGGAUUGCGCGAGCUGAUGGGCUGCGAGGAUCGCGUCAUGUACCUGAUCUCGGAGAUUGCCUGCCUCGAGGCCCUGAAGAAGGAUGGCAUGGAUGACAUCACUCUCUGCCAGCACGUCCACGUUCUGGGAGACCAGAUCGGGCUCACGGAACUCGGCGAGGGCACGCCGAUCCUGCCAUUCAAUUCCAACGGCUCCCUCAGCCCCAAGCAACUCAGCAAGAACAUGACGGCAGCCUUCCGCCUCGCUGCGCGCAUCUACCUGUGCAGCUUGGUGCCUGGCUUCUACCCGACCCAAGCCAGCUGCGUCGGCUUGGUCGAGAAGCUCACAACAGUGCUCCAACAGAUCCCCUCGGGCCCGACUGGUUUCGACCGGUCGCUUUCCUGGGUGUAUCUGGUGGGCGGCUCGGUCAGCAUCGCUGGCUCGUCGUUCCGCGCCUUCUUCGAGGAUCGGGUCGCCCAGCUCGGCGAACUGGCCAGCCUCGGCAGCUUCGGCCGCGCAUCCAGCCUGCUACACGAGGUUUGGCUCCAGGCCGACCAGCAAGCAACGUCGCCCAUCAGCGCGACUUCGGAGGCUCCACAACAAUACAUCCACUGGCGGGAUGUCAUGCAGAUGAAGGGUUGGGACUAUUUGCUCAUCUAG